UUUACAUUGUCCUUUGUACCCUCAAAACAAGACGAUCGCCUUUCUCUUUAGGGCGCAAGUAUAACCUUUUACCGUGCGAGUAGGUGGGGAACCGCUUGCGUAGUCCAUCAUCAAGUUCAGUGUUGAUUCUUUCCGGCGGAUUCAUUAAGCAACAACAACCCCCGGCACUCCACGAUCUACAUAUUCACUGAAAAUAUGGCCCUCGGCUUUGGGCCUGCCUCUAAUAUCCUAUGAAUUGAGAAGGGUGUCCCCCGUCGCGAUUAAUGGAGGGUAUAGAGUUGGAUUAUACAUCAGACCGCAGGAAGGUUGUCAAUGAAGUCCCACAAGAAGAGACAAGAGUACCCGAUCAUAGCGGAGGGAUUCAUACUACGGGCAAACAAACUCGCUUGCACAAGUGGUGGUCGACCAAGAUAUGCCCCGAAGUGGCAGCUGAAGAUGGGGACCCGCGAGAUUUCCUCGCGCUUGAGAGAACAUAUCUAGCGUAUGUUCGCACGGGAAAUGCGCUUGCUUCAUUUGCGAUUGUGGUCGCCCAGCUAUUCAUCCUUCAUCAUGAUUCUGUAGUGGCUGGGAAAGUACUAGCUUGUCUAUCGCUUGCGUUUGCCACAUAUGUCACGCUGAUGGGAGCCAUACGAUAUUUUCACCAACAAAGACAUCUUCAGCAGAGGAAGUGCUAUUUGUGGAAUCCAGAGAAUAUCAGGGUUGCGUUAAUAUUUUUACUAAUUCCAGCUGUGGCUCUAGUCCUCGUGAUUGUGUUUGGAUAAACCCAAGAGGCGACUAUGAGAGAGUACGUGAUUUGAAGAGUUUGCAUGACGAGUCAACCCAGGGAUAUUACAUGACUAUUUGAUGCACGAAAAUAUAUAGUCCAAACACUAUUGGACGUUCCAUUAAUCAAUAGCGAAUGUUUUGGAAAAAGAUUGUGAAGCCUUCCAUUAUCAUUGAGGACUCAGUGAAUGAAUAACUGUGAUAGUGACGGGCAUAAUCUUAAUGACCAAGGGGAAAGAUAGGGGUCGGAUUAUGCUCUCGUCAAGGGAGCCGAGACCUCUUGUGCUUAAUUUUCAAAUGAAUUGUACUCGCAAACACUAUAGAGGUUGUUUCCCGCAACCAUCGAUCUCUGUACAACAGAAAACAAUGAAUGCGGCAGGCGAAGCUUUUGCUAUCU